UUCACUUUGUUGCCGUGCCGAGCGCGCUGGCAAUCGCAAUCGGAAUUGGAAUCGAAAUCGGAAUCACAGUCGUGGUCGCUGUCGCAGUUGCUGCCGUCGUCGCAGCCGCAGUCGCAGUCUCAGUCAACGCCUCUGCCACAGUUUACUUCACAGACACAAUUCCGUUGCGUUCUGUUGUGUUUUUUUGCGAUAUCGCUGGUGGCACUCAGUCUUGCGAAGACACCCGACAGAUAGAGACGACACUCCAAAAGUAGACGCAAUCCGGAAAACUCCCCACUUCGGAGAAUCGGAAAAUCGGAUCCACAACACAUCAAGUAUACGCAGUGAUGUUGCGCCGCGUGUUAUGAAAAUACUUACAAGCAUUUUGUGGCAUUUGUUAAUUGUGAUAGUUACACGUAAAGUUUGAAAACGACAGCAUCAUGCUCUUCGAUCGAUACGUCAUAUCAGCAGGCUCCAACGGCAGUGACGACUUCGACCCAAGUGCGAGUGUUGUGCGUCACCACCAUCUCCACCACCCCCACCUGGAUCUCAGUGGGAGGAGUCAGGGAUUCCCGCUGGAUCAGAUCGAGGACCCCUUCGCCAGUCGCCAUCCGCAGGCAGAAGGAUCUCCGCCAAACAACCAGGACCAUCCUCUUUUACAAAACCAUUCCAAUCAUCUCCAGCUGCAGCCCCCGCCUCCCACGUUGCCGGCUGAAUCGGCCGCCGCUGUCGGACCCGCCGCCCACAUGGAAAACUUCUUCAAAGACCCCGCCCAGGCGGAGCAGCUCCUACAGGAGUGGGCUCGGAGGCGCGAACCCGUCUGUGAUCUGGACAUCCGCGAGAGCGGCGUCUACGCAAAGACCCCACUACCAAGGGGCACCCGGUACGGACCUUUUCCGAUGAACCUCUGCCACCAGCCGAACGAUAUGCAGCUGGCGUGGAAGGCCCAGGCCGGUCACUAUAACGGUUGGCUCGAGCCCACAUCCGAAGUCUCUGCGUGGCUGAAAAAGAUCCGCGUGGUGCAGGACGAGGGCAUUUCAAAGGCCAAUUUGCAGAGCUACAUCAGUGCUGGCUGUCUGUGGUACGAGACGAAUUGCCACGUAAGUGCUGGUGUCGAGAUGGUCGUGGACGGCAGGCCCCACAGUCCGGUGCAGAUCAACAAGAGCUUCGUGACUGGAGGGGGAGUCCUGGCGGCGGCGGCCGCGGCAGCAGCCGCAGCGGCAGUGGCAGCCUCCUCCUCCUCGGGAGCGAACUGUGGGGGCGGGGGCAGCUCCCUGGCGGGCGACGAUCGCAGUGACCGUGAUAAUGGCUCUUUGUAUAGCGGUGACGAAUUCUCCAAAGAUAAGAAAAACUCCUCGCUACUCAGCCAGGGAGAUAUCGACUUCACAGACGACGAAAACGGUUUCGACAUACGCUGCGAGGUCUGUGAUAAAGUCUAUCCGGAUUUAGAACGCUUGGACGAUCAUUUGGUGGGCGUGCAUCACUUCAAGCAGAACGACUUUCCCUGCAAGAUCUGUUCGCAGCGAUUCUGCUAUCGUCCUCUGUUGAUCAAACACGAAGCCAUCUCCCACAACAAUAUUCGGAAGUAUUCCUGCGAGAAUUGCACCAAGGUAUUUUGUGACCCCUCGAAUUUACAGCGGCAUAUUCGCGCCUACCACGUCGGAGCUCGCUGUCACCCGUGUCCGGAGUGCGGGAAAACGUUCGCCACUUCCUCAGGCCUAAAGCAACACCAGCACAUCCACAGCUCGGUAAAGCCCUUUGCCUGCGAAGUCUGCUCCAAGGCGUACACCCAGUUCUCGAACCUGUGCCGGCACAAGCGGAUGCACGCCACCUGCCGUAUGCAGAUAAAGUGCGACAAGUGCAGCCAGAGCUUCAGCACCCUCACGUCCCUGACGAAGCACAAGAAGUUCUGCGACUCCACCGGUUCUUACCGCCAGCCGCUGAACCGCCACCACCCGCAUCCGCAGCCACUGCCGCAUCACCAGCACCCGCACACCCACCCACUAGCAGCCACCGCCACAUCCUCAGGCGCAGCGGGAGAACCCUCAGGACCGGGAUCAGGUUCAGUGGAAGGAUCAUCAGCAGCAGCUGCCGCCGUAGCCGCCAUGUCGACGCCUCCGAAUCCAUUCCUCAUGUUCCGCAACGGAGCUCCCUUCUUUCCUGGCUUUUCCGCAUACGGCUUAUCCGGAAUCUUCCCGCAAAGUCCCCUGCGGGCGGCCAACUUUCCGCUAUUCUUUCCUAAGCCGCCCCUGGAUAUUGGUAUGCCGGCGAUGACUUCGCCGAGGUCUGCGUUCCGCCAACAACUGCCCUUCGGGAUACCCGGCAUGGAAAUGCACCAUGGAAGCGGUGAUCCCCAAGCAGAUUUGAAACUGAAGGACGAAGCGAUGGGCUUGAAGCCCGAGAGAAAGCUCAAGGAGGAGCCAUUGUUGCACGUAUCCGAAGGCGAGGAGGAGGAAGAAAGAUCCCUGGAGCUGAAGCGGGAAGUGGGGCAGAGCAAGGUCGAGCCAAAGACCGAGAAGAAGCGAGAGGUUAAAACUGAACCGGAGCGAUCGGACAGCCCGGAUCAGCAGCAGGUCGAGGACGACCGGAAAUCCAUCGACAUUGUGAGCACACCGCCUCCUACGGAUCCCACCUCCGGAGAAGACCUAGACAAGCCCUCCGUGGAUACCCCUUUGGACCUUUCUGUCUGUCGCAAACCCUACCCAGAGUACUACCCGGAGAUCCUGCAACCCGAGAACCGCCUCUUGUCCUCCAACCUGAUGCGGUUCCUGCCCAGGAACGAGGAAGACGACACCGAAGGGGAGGAGCCGCCGCUCAAGAUGCGAAAGACGCACAGCUCGGGCGAAUCCUCUACUUCGCAGAAGUCCUAUAAGGGUAGCAGCCCCACGCCCACCGCCUCGCCUGGGCUUACGCCCUCACCCUCGCCGCCCACGAGUGCCGGCGGCGAGCUCAGCAGCAUGUCUGAGGGUGCAGUAACGGCAGCAGCGGCGGCUGCAGCAGUAGCGGCCGCUGGAGCUGCAGAGGCCGCAUUGGUGGCCCGUUACCAGGGAAGCACCGCUCCACAGAUACACCCCCUGAUGUUGGAGGAGAUCUACCGCAACCCGUAUUCUUUUUUAUGCCCAACGGGCGGACGGCCCGGCAUUGAGGCGCUGCUGCAAAGCGCGGCUUCAAAGCGGCCGCUUCCGCCCGUUAAAUUCCCCCCGGGCAACCAAGCACUCAAGACAAAGGACCGGUAUACGUGCAAGUUCUGCGGUAAGGUGUUUCCUCGGUCGGCCAAUCUGACACGACACCUGAGGACCCACACUGGGGAGCAGCCCUAUCCGUGCAAGUACUGCGACCGGGCGUUUAGCAUCUCCUCGAACUUGCAGCGCCACGUGCGGAACAUCCACAACAAGGAGCGCCCCUUCCGGUGUGAGCUCUGCGACAGGUCCUUCGGCCAGCAGACGAAUCUCGAUCGACACGUGAAGAAGCACGAGGCAGAGGGCAACAACUUCCGCGACUCGCCCAGCUCGGGAGGAAUGGCAGACCGCGAGGAGUACUUCGAGGAGAUCCGGACCUUCAUGAACCACGUCUACACCCCCAACAGUCUGAUUGGGGCGGAAGGGGACACAGAGGAAUACCCCAACAGUGACGACCAGUCUGUGAGCCUCGAAAAGGAUUCUACCAUCACUCUGAACAACAACAACAAUGGCAGUAACAGCAGCAAAAGCAAUUCAAAAGCUAUACCAAUAAGCUCUUAAGAUCACAUAAGAAACGGAAACAAAACCCUGUUAUUGUUAAUGAAAAAAAUUACUUUAACUCUUACUUAAGUGUGCCUCCGAGAGGGAAUCUUAUCUUUAAGUAGUUACCAUUUCCAGAACGAAAACUACUAAACCAAACUAAACUUAGCUAUGCAAUCAAUGGAAAAGACGGUGAAGCAUCCAACAUAGAACUAUACAAGAUAAUAUAAUCUAAACGAACAACUUAGAAAGAAACCAGAUACCCAUGUACUACCCCUACUAAAGUCCACCUUCUAAUGUAGUUCAUUCAUACAUCUGUACAUAGACAUAGAUACAUAUAUGUAUAUGCGAGUUUUAAUUUAGCGAGUACUUACUACUUUGAAACUUUGUGGAUUAUACAAUAUAUAUAUGGAUAUAUGGAUAUUUUGAUUGUGUAUACACUAAGGUCAAUAAGUAUAAAUCGAUAUACUAUGUAAGUAACAUAUUUAUAGAGCUAAUUAUUGCAAUUCUCAACACAAAAUCAAUUUUAUAACAUUUACUUAACGUUUGACUACAUUAAUAAUAUAUAUAUAUAUGAGAAAACCAGAAAGGAUCGUUACGGAAAAUGAUAAAUCAAUAUAUGAAGG